UCUGAAGAUACUCUGGCAGAAAUGUAUGUUCCUGAGGGUAAAUCUUUUCACACAUCCACAAUCAUUUUAUCAUAAAUUCUAGAGCUGGAAACGCUGAGUCUAAUCUGUCACCCAGGCUGGAGUGCAGUGGUGCGAUCUCAGCUCACUGCAACUUCCGCCUCCUGGGUUCAAGCCAUUCUCCUGCCUCAGUCUCCCAAGUAUCUGGGACUACAGAGGCGCGCCACCACACCCGGCUAAUUUUUGUAAUUUUAGUAGAGGCGGGGUUUCACCAUGUUGGCCAGACUGGUCUCGAACUCCUGACCUCAAGUGAGCCACCCGCCUCGGCCUCCCAAAGUGCUGGGAUUACAGGCGUGAGCCACCGCGCCCGGACUGUUAUAUAUUUUAAAGGCUUCUGAUCCAUAUCGCCAAACAGUCCUCUGGAUCGAUUUGCAGCUGUAUCCGCUGCUCCAUGUGCCGUAUACGGACGUGCUCCACUUCACCCACACUGGGUCAUUAAAAGAACAAACAAAAAUAAGAACUUGAUCGAUUUGGGAUUUUAAAUGGAAAUGCACUAAAAAUUCCUUAAUUCCACCAUUCACCGUCUACCAUGGAGGAACAGCCCAUCUGCACGGAGAGACAGCUACGUAAUUCACUGCAGCAUUGUAAUACUGAAAAAAAUGAACGAAAUGUUCCUUAACCGAGGAACGGCCGAAUGACCGGCGUCUCCACUCCGCGGAACAUUCUGCGAGCGCUAAGGGGAUGGCGGGAGUGCAUGAUUUAGAGCGGGCGGUGAGAACAGCAAGCUCCCGCCGCCUCUCCGUUUUGGCAACCCGGCUGUUGGUCAGGUUUCGGCUUCUGGGGCCAGCCGUCGGUCUGGGCGAGGGACACAGAUCCGGAUUCGCAUCCUGACCGGCCAACCGACGCUGGCCGAGGUGACGACGUUCCUCGGCAUCCGCACCUGCCCUCCGCAGGGGACCCCCGCAGCCCUCUCCAGGGCGUCAGAGAGGCCGGACCCUUGGGUGCUAGGGCUCCUCAGCGCCGGGGCCAAGUUUCCGAGUGCCGCUCUCAGCAGCGCACCAACCGGAAGUGACCGUGUUGUGGCGGAAGGAGGAGCUUUCUGGGAGUAGCCGGUGCUGAGAGAACCGUGGCUGGCAAAGAUGAUUCAGGCGAUUCUGGUUUUCAACAACCAUGGGAAGCCGCGGCUAGUCCGCUUCUACCAGCGUUUCCCAGAAGAAAUUCAACAGCAGAUUGUUCGAGAGACUUUCCAUCUAGUCCUCAAGCGGGAUGACAACAUCUGUAACUUCUUGGAGGGUGGAAGUUUGAUUGGUGGCUCUGACUACAAACUGAUCUACCGGCACUAUGCUACCCUCUACUUUGUGUUUUGUGUGGAUUCGUCAGAGAGUGAACUUGGAAUCUUGGACCUCAUCCAGGUUUUUGUGGAAACUCUGGAUAAGUGUUUCGAAAAUGUGUGUGAAUUGGAUUUGAUCUUCCAUAUGGAUAAGGUACAUUCUCUUGCAGUUCUCUUCCAAACUAGGGUUACUAGAAAACCAAGAGCCUUGGGCAUCUCUAGCCACCUCUACAUCUUCAUAUUGUUUCUUGUUUUUUUUACUCUUAAGAUAGUCCUAGAACCUGUUUUAUUUAAUAGAUUUAAUAGUUUGGGUUUUGUUUUGAUUUUGCUAAGAUCUACUAACAGUUUUAAUGUGCAUAAGAUUAUUACUAGGCCUAUAUCGUGGUUCAUCUGUUCACAGACUGACUUCUUGAUAUAGGAGAAUGAUGUCACUGGCUACUUGGCCAAAGGUGAGAUAAAUAGUUUUAUGUUGAUUAUAAAAUUAGUUUCCUACUCAUAGGCCAGUGACAAUGAAACUUUGGAAUAAUCAUGACACAGGGGCUUUGACUUAGAUAGUAAAAUUUAUAUCUUUCCUAAAGAGUAAUAUAGUGACUAAGAUAUCUGUAAUGUAAUUCAAGGUCAGGUGAUAUUCUGUAGGAAGGCAGACUAUCAGAGGCAGAAUUAAAAUGGCCCCAAGUAGGUGUUCUCAGAUUUGUUUUGCUAGCAUAACUGUGACAUGGCCUAUGUCCUCAUAUGCCAAAUUAAACUUGGGCGAUAGCCAGCAAGGGGAUACGAAUUGCCAUGUUUAUUUUAUUCAACUUAUUACAUGCUGUCCCCUGUGCAGUUUACUGGUGCGUCUUUGGUUUGCUUGGUCCUGGUUUUUCUUCAACUGAUUGUUGUCAUUAUGAUCCCUGGCCCUUGGAGAGAGAUGAUUUUUUAGGAGACUGCUGCUCAUUGCUAAGCCAUGAUCCUUUAUUAACCUUUUCAUCAUGAUGAAGUAGGAGUUUUUAGAUCCAUCAUUGCUAGCAUUGCUGUCUAAAGGACUUUCUUGUUGUUUUUCAGUAGGGUCUUCAGUCUUAGUUGACUCUGUUGAGGUUGGCAGAUCCCCACUUUCCAGGCUAAUGUAGUGAAUGCAUUCUUGAGUUUGGAUGACAUUAGAAUGGAGUAAAGUUUUGUCUCUCACCAUCUGACAUGGCUCUGUGACUCUAUCAGCAUCCUAGUGCAGAAACAUGAUGGAACCCUUUUCCUUCUUUAGAUACUUAACUUUGGACUCCCUGACAACCUCACGGGGCUUCCAGUAUUUACUGAUGCUUUUGAGUCACCCUCCCUUUCAUAUGAAAGGGUUGUAUACUUUUUGGAAACUUCAGCGAUCUGUUAGCACCCUUUCUUUGCAAGCACUUAGAGUUGUUUUGUACUUUUCAUAUGUUAAAGAUCUGCUAUUUUGCAACUUCUGUCAAGGAGAGCCAUAGCUCAAAUCUAGUUCCCUUUUGUACUAGAGGGACUAGAGUCCCUUUCAAGUAUUAAAGAGACUUGAAAAUAUAGGGGGAAGGGAGAGGUGCCUUCUAUAGGCCUUAUUGUUAUGAUUUUAAAAUAAUAUUGUUAAAUACAGGCCAGGCGUCGUGGCUCACACCUGUAAUCCCAGCACUUCGGGAGGCCGAGGCAGGCAGAUCACUUCAGGUCAGGAGUUUAAGACCAGCCUGGCCAACAUGGCAAAACCUUGUCUCUACUAAAAGUACAAAAAUUAGCCAGGUGUGAUGGUGCACACCUGUAAUCCCAGCUAUUCAGGAGAAUCGCUUGAACCCGGGAGGCGGAGGUUGCAGUGAGCCGAGGUCGCGCCACUGCACUCCAGCCUGGGCGACAGAGCGAGACUGUGUCUCAAAAAAAAAAAAAAAAAAAGCAACCAAAUUGUUAAAUACAAGGUGUUACUUUCAAAGUUACCACCUGGUGUGCAAAGUGGGUUCUUUGAAGAUGCCACCUGUUGCUCACCAGGCUGCAAAUGAAUUUCUUAACAUCUCAGGUGUAGAUUCAGGGAUUCAGGGAUAGAUUUUACUAGGAAAGGGGGAGUUUUCAAAGCAAGAGAAGAGCCCAUGGAGAGGUGUAUUGAGGUGUCUCUGCUGGAAUGGCUCCCAUCACCCCCCUCCUCCAAUGCUGUCUUUUUUAUCAAGCACCCAUGAGAGUAGCUUUACUAGUGGAGAGAUAGGCAGAAUGCUUAGACACCACGAAAUCUGUAUUUGUGUGCCAGCUGCUUAUAGAUGUUGUCUGGGGGCCGGGUGCGGUGGCUCACGCCUGUAAUCCCAGCACUUUGGGAGGCCUGAGGUCGGGAGUUCGAGACCAGCCUGACCAACAUGGAGAAACCCCGUCUCUACAAAAAAUGCAAAAUUAGCCGGGCUUGGUGGUGCAUGCCUAUAAUUCCAGCUACUCAGGAGGCUGAGACAGGAGAAUCACUUGAACCCGGGAGGCAGAGGUUGCAGGGAGCCGAGAUCAUGCCAUUGCACUUCAGCCUGGGCAACAAGAGCAAAUCUCCAUCUCAAAAAAAAAAAAAAGAGGAAGUUGUCUGGGAAUGCCAGCUGCCCAACACCUGGAAACUUAGGGACCUGUGGGAUAAUACACACCUGGAGAAGACAGCUG